AUGGCGGGUGGUCGUGCAAAAGCCGCAAAAGCCAUGCCGAGCAAGACCAAGGGCACUGCCAGCAGUGUCGCUUCAGCUCCAACACUCUCUCGCGAGGAUGCCCUGCAAAGCUUGCAGAAGGCAUUCGAUACCCUCAAGUUCAUGCCGCAAGGUCAGGGAGACGCGGACUCGGCUCGCACUCUCUGCCAGCCGAAUCUCAUUCGCCAUGCCUCCGGCGAAGUGCGGCUCUGGGCAUCAAAGUGCCUCGCAGAGGUGCUGCGCAUCUUCGUGCCUUCCCCUCCCUUUGAGACCGAGAGGUUUCCGCCCAUCAUGGAACUCUUUUUGGAGCAGCUGUCUUUGUUGCGGAAUCCAUCUGCGGCCACCUACGCCUACGCCUUUGAACUCUUGGAGCGUCUGGAAGAGAUACGCGGCUUCAUGCUGAUCUUUGACUGCUCUCCAGCCGACGUGGAAAGCCUGAUCGUGUCCUUGGCGGAUACAUGCAUCACAGCAGCAAAG